CGCAAACAAUUCAACAACCAUUUCCUAUUAAAUACGCUCAGCCGCCUCUCUGAGAUAUUUGCUCCAGCUCCGACAUAUCCUGGACACUAUUGAAUAUUGCUUCUUCUCAAUGCCAGCCUUUCAAUCCAAGCCGUUCCGGCGUGCUACCACUGCUUCGUCCACACUCGGAGAACGACUAGGUGCAAUCUACAGAGCACGACUACCCAGGCAUCCAUUUCUCCUGUUUGGGCUUCCCUUUAUUGCUGUUAUCGUUGCAGCGUCAUUCGUCAUCACGCCUGCCACGGCGCUGCGCUACGAGCGACAUGACCGCAGGGUGCGGCAGCUCAACCAAGAGGAGGUCAUGACGUUAGGACUCAAGGGGGAGGAUGGAGAAGAGGGGAUUAAGAGAAACCCCCGAAGACGAAUUAUUGGCAGCGAAAGGGAAGAAUACUAUAGGCUUAUGGCCAAGGACCUCGACGAUUGGGAACAAAAACGAGUACAGCGAUUCAAAGGAGAGCCAGACGGCCGGUUGUAGUUUUAUUUCGCAUGUGUCGUAUUAGCGUUCAUCAUCAUCUCUACUAUUUGCAUUGCGUCCUUCGAUUUCGUCAUCGCUACACGGGGCUGGUUAUACCCGCAGUGAAUAUUUGGUUUUGGAGUCAAUUAGGUUUAUGUCUAAAGUCAGAUUCAUGCAUGAUGUUAUUCUUGCGUGGUGGUAACUGCUGUAUAUAAUAUUGUACCUGUCAAAGACUGAAAGCGUAGUUCGGAUUGAUGCGUAGCAAUCAACCAUAGCCGCCACCCAUAGACAUUAAUUAUUAAUACUGGAACGCAGUAGAGGGUCAGCCAUAAUAAUCGCGAAAUACAUAGCAACAUAGAUACGAUUAUUAAGAGUGCGAGUAAGACGACGCCACAACAGCGCGAUUGGUUCCUGGAGGCGACGCGGGUUCCAGA